UAUCGCAGGCCAUCCGAUAGUUGUUCUGCUCCAUAGAGUAUGUUUUUUGCUUUAACGUGAAUAUUAUUACAAUUUGCACAGAGAACUAAAGACUUGCAGACCUACAAGAUCGGGUUUUAAAAUGUCGUAAAGUUUCCAAAGCGUACCGAUCCCGAGAUUAGCAGCUCCCGCUCCCCGAUAUCAGGAGGGUUUCAAGAAAUGUCAAGAACGUGAGUGCGGAUUUGAAACCGGCCUUCCAUUUUCCGUAUUUAUUGUACUUGUUGUUGUGGCACUGCACUCCAGAACUUGACGAAACAUAUUUGCUGAUGUGUUUUGGCGAAAAGAAGCGCAUUGAACCGCCGUAUUAGCUUACGCAAGCAACUGGCCAUUAGGGGUCUUCUCGAUGACCGGCCUCUGAAAACCGAGAGUCCAUCAGAUCGUUCGUGAAAUAAUAUUAUCAGCAUGCUUCACCUACUGCUACUUUUUCUGGCGGCCACGGGGGUCUCUGCCGAGGAUUCAUUGCAACGCAUACGACGGGCCGCCAUUGCCGGGGAAAAAGAUCCUGCCCAGGCCAUGCACAAAAUCAUUGAUCUGGCCGACUGCCAGGACUUAAAAAAGCUCUGCACGCACCAGAAGUCCACAGAUAACCUGUCCAUGCUGGAGUGCGCGCUUACCUUUAGCUCUAGUCAGUUGGAGGAGCUUUCCGAGAGCUGUCAGCACGAGCUGUGGCUGCAACAGCGCCAGUUGCAGCUACCCGCCUGGAUAGAGAACACUUUUCUUCCUGCAUACUGCCCGGCAGAGCAGUCCAAGCUGGAGAGCUGUUUAAACUCUGUGCACAUGUGGAGCUGCCUGGACCAGCAGCGAUUGAAGUUGCCCCAAAACAACGCAUGUCACCAGCAUUUGCGAAGGGGUUACGAGGCUUUGGGUCAGGACUACAGCGCUGUGGAUGAGUUUUACAGCGCUUGCGGCUCGCUCGUGGAGGAGCACAAGUGCGGGCGGCUAAACAUCGACCACUUGCCAUCGGUGCUGGCGCAGCUUGGGACGGUGCAAUGCCUCCAGUCGAGCGCAGAUAAGUCCAACAUUGAGCCAGUCUGCAUGAGCGCCAUUAGCUCUAUCGAGCUGCAGCGAGGCAUGUUGGAACUUUUCCGGGUUUGUCAGAAUGAUCUCGCGGCUCUGUGCCCACAGGAGAAGGUCGGAACUGCUGGUGCUUUUAAAUGCUUAGUUCGGCACAAGAACCAUUCUGCGAUGACGCCGCAGUGUGCCUCUCAGAUAACGCAGCGGGAUCAGCAGAUGGGUCGUGAUUACCGAGUUUCGCAUGGAUUGGCCAAGGCCUGCAAGGAAGAUAUUAAGUUGUACCACUGCCGGCGUGGCGUCUCCGAGGACAAGCACGUGCGAUUGGCUCAGAUCUUACUCUGCUUGGAGUCGGUUUCCAAAAAUGGGACCAGGUUAGCGCCCGCCUGUCUCACAGAGCUAAUUGAUCACCGUCGCAUGCUGAUGACGGACUAUCAGCUUUCGCCAGAGCUUUUGAACGAUUGCGCUGAUGACAUACCCAAGUUCUGUCCGGACGAGCACAAGGCGCAACUGGUGAAUGGAGUGUCUAGUACAGGUGGCGAGAUAAUCCACUGCCUGCUGGAGCACGUCAAGGCCAGGCGGCAACAGCGACGAGUGACUGCCCAGUGCCAGCGCGGAUUGGAGACUCUAAUCAAGGUGAGCGAUGCCGGUGAGGAUUGGCGUGUGGAUCCAGUGCUAAGAAGAGCCUGCAAACCAGUUGUGGAUGUGGCCUGCAAAGAUGUAGAGGGCGGUGAAGCGCGCGUCAUGAGCUGCCUUGUAGAGCGCAUCGGAACCCCAGUAAUGCUCCCGGAUUGCGAGCAGGCACUCCUUAUUAUCGAGUACUUCGUAGCCAGAGAUUUUAAAUUGGAUCCCCAGCUCUACAAGCACUGUCGCGAUGACGCAGUUAAAUACUGCCGAGCAAAGAGGCAGUGGGACGAUGUACAGAACAUACAAAUGGAUCCGGAGAGAGGGCCUAUGAUACUGCCCUGCCUGCACCGUAUGGCCUUUAGCGAGGAUGAGACCCAGACAUUACGAAAGGACUGUUUUAAGGAGGUCAAGCGGGUGAUGCGUCAAAGAGCCAUAUCUAUGGACCUUAUGCCCGAAGUUGAAGAUUACUGCCUUAAUGACCUUUCGCUGUUCUGCGCGGAUUGCACAGAAAAGGGCAGCGAAAUGGAGUGCCUACAAAAGAACAUGGACCAGCUGCAGGCGGAGUGCAAAACAGUUGUGGUUAAGUACACGGAGGAGGAGGCAGCCCACGUCGAACUUAAUCCUGUCAUAAUGACUGUCUGUGGCGAGGCCAUGCAGCAGCACUGCUCAGAUAUCCUCAAGAGUGGAAAGGAUAAUGGCGACAUGAUGGACUGUCUCAUUGCACACAAAAACGAUGCUGAUCUACGGAAGGAUCUCCGUUGCCGUGCUGCAAUCGAACACUUUCAGAUUAUCUCACUGAAAAACUUCCAUUUCACCACCAAGUUUAAGGAAGCGUGUCGACCGUUCGUGCAGCGCUUUUGUUCCUCCAGCGCCACUAAAAACGAAGUGGUGGCCUGCCUUAGCGAGGUAAUGAGAAACGAUACAAUCAAGGCGCAGCGUCAUCAAAUACCCAAGGAAUGCCGCCACCAGGUGAAAGCGCAGCUCUACCAGCAGCGCGAGAGCAUGCAGCUGGAUCCCAAGCUGGCCAAUGCCUGCAAGCGGGAGCUUGAGCAGUUCUGUGAGGACCAAAAGGGGCCCGGUCAGGUGAAUGAAAAAGCCUUGGAGUGUCUAGUGAGGAAGACGACCAGUUUGGGCAAGCCCUGUCACCAUGCCAUUUUCUUAGUGAAGAAAUCUGAGUUGGGCGACAGCGGUACCGACUAUACGCUUCUUAACACGUGCAAGGAUAUGAUCUAUAAAUUCUGCCCCAAAAUUGAUUCGGUUAAACUGCUCGACUGCCUCAAGACGUACAAAGAUGACACGCAGUUCGACCAGCGGUGUCAUCUAGUUGUAGUCAAUCGCAUGAUCGAGCAAAAUACAGAUUUUCGGUUCAAUCCCUCGCUGCAGACCGCCUGUGGUAAGAACAUUGACCGGUAUUGCUCGAACAUUGUAGCCAGCGCCUUACCCAACGAGGAGCUCAAUGGAAAGGUUAUUCACUGUCUUAAAGACAAGUUCCGGCAAUCGGCGCUAGACGAGCCAUGCGCUCAGGAAAUGAUAAAGAUUCUGCAGGAUCAGGCCCUUAACUACAAACUGAAUCCCCUGCUUCAAGUAUUCUGCAAGUCAGAGAUACAGGAACUGUGUAAGGCCAACAUGGAAGCCGACGAGCACGGCCAGGUGGCAGAGUGCUUAAAAACGGCCUUUUUGCAAAAGCAGAUCAUCAAUAGACAGUGCCAGGUGGAGGUCGCCACACUGAUCGCCGAAGCUAAGGCCGACAUCCAUGUCGAUCCCAUUCUGGAGAAUGCCUGUAUCGUCGACUUACUCCGGUACUGCUCCAAAGUGGCGGCCGGCAACGGUCGAAAGUUGAGCUGUCUAAGAACUCUGUUGAAAGACACUCCCAACUCGCUUGAAGCGGAUUGUCGCGAGAAGCUGGAGCGUCGCAUCGAGAUGUUCCACAAUGCGGACGAUACGCUAGCUCUGCCCCCGGAGGAUGUGCAGCAACUGGUUCAGCAGGUGGUCGCAUCGCCGGCGCGCAAAUUCUUCCUUGUGAUACUAAUGAGCGCAACCGGAAUGGUCUUCCUCACCGGCAUUUUCUUGGGAAGGGCCACCAAACGUGCAAUGGGCUUAAAGAAUAAAUAAGAACAUAAAUAGUCUUAGAAUGUAGUUGCUGUGUGUAACUGGAGUGUGCAUGUCUGUGAGCUUGUUGUUUUCCAUUUGGCUAACCCAUGACCCGGAUUUAAUCAUCCCCUGCCCUCCCAUCACCGUCCCCUCACUCUGCCUGCCUUUUGAAUAUUUUUAUAAGCAAUUCGUGGCCUAAUCGUGUAUAAGACCAAAACAUAAGCGAAAAAAGAUUAAAUGAUAAUAUAUGAUAGUUCCAUUCUUAGGAC